AGUUUCAAGUUUUAAAAUUAGAAUUUAGAAACAAGUUUGUGUCGAAAAACUUGUGUGGAGUGUGGGUUCUAAUGGUUCACAGUUUGAAAUAAUAAUAGAUAAGCCAUAAUGAGGAACUGGUGGAAUUGGUUACUAAUUUUUGGAUUAGUUUGUUUACUUUUUCUAGCGAUUCCCUUAUCAUAUCCGAAAAGCAAAAGUAAGGAGCAAUUACAGUUAAUGUUCAACGAUUACAUUAAAAAGUUUAAUAAAACUUAUAAAGAUAAUGCUACGGAGUAUGCGACGAGGUUCGAACAUUUUGUGGCUUCAGUCCAAGAAAUUGAGCAAAUGAAUGCUGCAUCUCGCGGGCCAGAGAGUCACAAAGCUAGAUAUGGACUCACUCACUUGUCUGAUAUGUCUAAGGAAGAAUAUAAAGAGAUACAUCUCUCCGAUGAGAAGCCUCACAGAAGACGAAGAUACAACUUGACUAAAACUUGGAGUUAUGGACAAGUUACAGAUAUAGUCAAUGUUGAUGGAACCCCAAGUGACCUAGACUUAGACCCGGAUUACUUUGAUGAUCAUCAUGUCACAGAUUUGGGUAACAGGGGCUCUCAUCACAAUGUGUACAAUAUUUACAAUAUCGUCAUUCGCAGGAAGAAAAGAGCAGCACUUCCGUUAAAGAUGGAUUGGAGAGACAAGGGUCUGGUGGGUCCGGUCCGCGACCAGGGUCUGUGCGGCGCGUGCUGGGCGUUCAGCACCAUCGGCGUCAUGGAGACCAUGGCGGCCCUCUCCACGGGGAAACUCGCCGCGCUCAGUGUACAGGAGGCAAUCGACUGCGCGGGUCUGGGUAACGCAGGGUGCGCGGGCGGCGACAUCUGUCUGCUGCUGGACUGGCUGGCGAUGACAAAGACGCCCGUGCAGCCGGACAAGGACUACCCGCUGAAGCUGACCAACGCCGCCUGCGCCUUGAAGAAAAACGUGACAGGUGUGAGGGUGAAGAGCUACACUUGUGAGACUUUCGUGGGCUCCGAGGAGAAGCUGCUGGAGAGCAUCGCGACGCACGGCCCGGUGGCGGUGGCCGUCAACGCGCUGUCGUGGCAGAACUACCUCGGCGGUGUCAUACAGUUUCACUGCAGCGGUUCGCCUGUAGACCUAAACCACGCUGUGGAACUCGUCGGGUACGAUCUAACGGCCGACGUGCCUUACUACAUCGCCAAGAACUCGUGGGGAUCCGCCUUCGGUAAUGCCGGGUACCUGCAGCUCGCUAUUGGCUCCAACGUCUGCGGCCUGGCCAAUGAGGUCGCACUUGUCGAUGUGAGCGUGUGAACAGUGUUGCUAUACUAAAGUUGGUGUUGCCAAUGGAAAAAAUGUGAGAGGGUAUUUUUAUAUUUUUAUUGUUAUGGAUUUUAGUUAGUAUUUUUAUUUUUUGUUUAUAAAAUUGGAAUGUAACUGAUUCGUCACAAUUAAUAGUUAUGUUAGUAUAUAUUGGAAAUUGGAAUAUCAUAAACAUUUUAAAGGAUACUCAAAAGU